AUGGAAACUACAUUUAAAUCAAAUAAUUUUAGCGAUCCUAUUAUGACAGCAAAUUAUGAGGAUAAAAAUGCAUUAGUACGUGGUUCCUCUUCUGGAAACUUUGAUUUUACCACUGCUGAUAAAGGAUUAUCUUAUUUUAUUAUGAGACCAAAGGAAUUAAGAGAAGAACAUCCAGUAUGGCAUUAUUUUUAUUUAUGUGCAUUGAUAUUUGCAGCCUUUGUGUCUCUUUUUAUUGGACCUGUUAUAUUUGGUAUGUUAGCAGCAAUCGGAGGCUUAGCUACUCCCUUUGUGUUAUCAUUAGUAGGUGGAGGUCUGGGUUUAAUUUUUGGAAUUGUAUUCGGUGUUGUUUUCUCGGUUGUUUGUAUUGUAUUCCUCGUAAAAGCUCUUGGUCGAAGUGCUGAAUGGGUUUUAGAUACUUUAUUGUAUGGUGGUAAUGAUUUGAUGGAAAUUACAAAACAACAAAUUUUAAUUUUUUUUGGACAUCCUCCCAGUCAUCAAGAUUAA